AUGAAUGAGAAAAAUCGUAAAGGUAUACCUCUCAAGGCUCAAGAAAGUGAAGUUAACGACGAAGAGGAUUUGGAGGAUGAAGAGAAAGGCCUCAUAAUCAGGAGGUUUAAGAAAUUCUAUAAGAACAGAGCAGGAAGGAGGUUCCAGUCAAAACAUAAGGCAACCAUAUCUCAAAACGAGCCUAAAGAACCAAUAAUCUGCAACGAAUUUAAGAAGCCAGGACAUAUUAAAGCAGAUUGUCCUCAACUAUCGAGGAUGAAGGACAAAGACAAAAAAAAACAAGAAGAAAAGUUUAGAAAGAAGAAGGCAUUUAUGACAUCAAUUUGGGGAGAGAGCUCUUCAGAAGAAGAAGAUAGUGAUGAUAAAGAAACAGCUAACAUUUAUCUUAUGGCUUAA